CAAAAAGUUAUACUGUCAACCAACCUAAUUUCUCUUACAUUAUGUCCUCUUUGGUCACGAGUCACGACCAUGGAUAUUUAAUAAUAAUAACAACGGGCAUGACUAGUCUUGACUUGAGCGUACAAUAUUUCAAUAGUAUGCACUCACUCGUGAAAACAAUUGGGGGAAAACAUUUUUUUGCGCGUCUAAAACGUAAUUUACAGUAAGGCAGCUCUCGUUACGUCAUCCAGUGCUCUUGCAGCUUUUCGUUCUCCAUAAGCUGUACAGCAGCUCUGUCACAGCAGUUGUUUUGAUCUGACUUUUGAUUACACAUAUUCCUAAUAAAAUGGCUGCAUUAAUCAGGAGGAUUAUCAGAACAACAAAAGCUCCUGCUGCUAUCGGCCCGUACAGCCAAGCAGUGGUGGUAGACCGGACCAUGUACAUCUCAGGACAGCUGGGGAUGGAUCCUGCCAGUGGACAGUUGGUGGAAGGGGGCGUUCAGGCUCAAACCAGACAGGCUCUUGUAAAUAUGGGUGAAAUCCUUAAAGCAGCUGGGUGUGGUUAUGAGAAUGUUGUCAAAACCACAGUGCUCUUGGCUGACAUGAAUGACUUCACCAAUGUCAACGACGUUUACAAGCAGUUUUUCAGCACUAACUACCCAGCCAGAGCUGCAUACCAGGUUGCUGCCCUCCCCAGAGGUGGACUGGUUGAGAUAGAAGCAGUUGCUGCAUUAGGCCCUCUGACCGAUGCUUCCUAACAAGUACAUCUAUCAAAAAAAUACAAAAUGAAAACCCCAUGAUCACUGAAAAUAAUAGUAUGUGCCUUGUUUUCUAGAGCAGUCAUGAAUUGAAAAAACUAAUUUCCUGGAGAGCACUAAUCAUUUCUCUUAUAGAUAGUAUAUAUAGUAUAGUAUCAUAUUUAAUAAAGCAUUAAGAUAUAUAACUAGGGCUGGGCGAUAUGGAGAAAAUCAAAUAUCACGAUAUUUUUGACCAAAUACGUCAAUAUCAAUACUGCAACGAUAUUGUAGUGUUGACUAUUGGCGCUUUCGCAAAAUAUUUAUACAAUGAGAUUUUUGAUAAAUAAUCAUCAAUAAUGUG